AUGAAUAAUACCACCGACUUCUGCCCUGUGUCUCUGAAUGCCACCAAGUUCUUUAGAAUUCCUGUGUACACUGUGGUGUUGGUGGCCGGGCUGCCCCUGAACUGCUUAGCACUCUGGGCCUUGGUGUACCAGAUGAAGAGAUCAGUCGUCCUCUCGGUUUACAUCACCAACCUGAUGUUGGCCAACCUCUUACAGAUCCUGAUGUUGCCUUUUGGGAUAUACAGCAGCUCCCAGAACCAUCACUGGGGCCUGGGGAAGGGAGCAUGCAUAGCAGUCGGCCUAGCUUUCCGCACAAACUUCUACGCCAAGAACAGCUUCCUGUGCCUCAUCGCCAUGGAGCGAUACAUCGGCCUCGUGUACCCCUUGAGGUUCUACAGAUUGCAGACGAUGCAAGGAGCAGCCAAGGUUAGCAUUGUGGUUUGGCUCCUUGUGAUGAGCCUAUGUGCCGUUGGCAUCGUGCUAGAGAUGGGGACACGGGCACAGCAGACAUAUUGCCUGGACUUCUCUCAGUUGAACUAUAAGUAUGCUCAGUUUAGGGUAAGCAUCGUGGCCCUCUCAUUCUUUAUACCUUGUGUCCUCAUGGGAUUCUUCUACUUCAGAGUCCUGGCGGAACUCAGGAAGGUGGUGUCUCUAGAGAAGAGGGUCAAGAGGCAAAUCUACGGGUUCAUCUCCCUCAUCAUCGCCGCCUUCUUCCUCCUCUUCACCCCUUUCCAGGUGAUGUUGUAUUACAGAUACUACUGGGAAGUGAAGCUGUCAAGGAAUGACGUCUGUGCUCUGGUGGCAAACAUCUACGUCUACAUACAUGCAACUCUGUGUUUAACCAUUUCGGGCAACAUCUUGGAUCCCCUCCUUUACAUCCUGCUCCUCAAAGAUGUUCGGAGGGAGUUCAAAGUCACGCUCAGUUCCCGGGCUCGUCAGACAGGAAUCCCAUACAAGCUGGAACAGCAAGAUGGACUUACAUCUUCUGUCCCUGAACAGAUGCAAAACCAGCUCAGGACACAAGAUGUAACCUGCUAG